AGGAGUUGGCUGGGCUGCCAACAGAAAAACAGGAGAAGGAGUCAGCCGGGCCGCUGACGGGGAAUCAGGGGCAGAUGUCAGCUGGGCUGCAGACCAGGAACCUGGAGAAGGCUUGACGUCGGCUGGAACGGUCCCCUCAGGAACAAACCGCUUGUCAGCAGGAACGGCCGACUCAGCUGGGCAGCUGAGAUUCUGGACUGCUGGCUGAGGGCUAGCCGACUGGGAGACAGGCCGGAAGCUAACUAGUCGUAAGCUAGCCAACUGGCAUGCAGGCUGGAGGCUAGCAGACUCGAGGCCACCAUGCUUGAGUUUAGCUGGCUGGGACACAUGCAGGGGGCUACCAGGGCCGGUUUUAACUGACUGGGAUGCUGGCUGGGAAGCAUGAGGCUUGACUGGACAGGUGAUUGAAGUGGCUAUCUCAGGAAGAACGGGACAUGGAGCAGGAUUGGAGUGGAAUUUCCACAAACAAAAGGCUUUCUUCUUGGCACGUUUUGGAUCAUGCCUCCAAAGACAAGUGACAUCAUGGCAUACAGGAAGGUGUGUGACGCCCAGGGUGGCCCACUGGUUGGUGAGGUUCUCCACUGCUCUCCAGGUCUGGAUCUGGACUGGGACCUGGACAAGGAGGAGCUGCAGGAGCCAGGACCCAGCAUGGACCGCGUGCAGAUGCAACAUGUAGACUGCCAGAGAUCAGGGUGUUCAGACCCUGGCCCUGAUCCUGACCCUGAGCUGAUGGAACCAAUCCAGCCAUCAGUUUCAGUUUCACCACAUGGACGGUUUGAACGACUCCAAGAAGAUCCCAACUACAUCUCCCACUUUACCAGGGCUCCUGCCCAUAAAGGUCAACGACGUCUCCACUGCUUCCUGCUCAGAUACUUCCUUGCAGCAGUGGGGCUUUUUGUCCUGGGACUCCUUAUUGGCUGGUUCACUCACACACCUACCAUUAAAAAACCUGUUCCCCUCCCUGACAGCUCUGACCUGCUGGAGGAGCUGCUAAGAGGAAUCACAGCCGACAAGAUAGAUGCUCUUCAGAGGUCUUUCUCCAGCCUGUCAGAUGAUAGCGAGGAAGCUAGAGCCAGGUACCUCUACAGGCAGUGGGUGGGACUCGGUUUGACCGAUGUCCAUCUGUCCAAUCACACAGUCCUGCUCAGCCUGCCUGGUUCCACACCCAACACCAUCACUUACAGGUCUAGUCACCAGUGUUUCCUACCAAAUGGGAUCCCCUGUGACCAGCGUGGACCAAAUGACCUGCCGAAGCAGCAGUUCUCCUACGCAGCCUACUCUGCUGUUGGAAGUCUGCAGGGAGAAGUGGUGGACGUUCAGUAUGGCAGCGUGGAUGACCUGAGGAGGGCCAAAGACAGCCUGAACCUCACCAACCAGAUCGCUGUGGUCAAGCUUGGCCAAGCACCUUUGCUGUACAAGCUAUCCCUACUCUCUGAGCUGGGCUUUGGGGGUGCUCUGCUUUACAUUGACCCAUGCGACGCUCCCCCUGACCGCCACAUCUGGAAUCAAGCCUUCAGAGUCACUCUCAAUGCCGGAGGAAACCCUGCCAGUGCUGGGGUGUUAAGAGAGGGAGGAGGAAGUCUGACAUCUCUGUUGGUUCAGCCAAUCUCUGCCUUCCUGGCCAAGACAUUACUGUCAUCUCCAUCCACAGGGCAGGGAGACUCCUGUAUUCCUCUAGCCAUGCCUCCUGACACAGAACGAAAGAAGAUUACGCUGACUGUCGGAAACCAGCUAUCCUACAAGAAAAUCUACAAUGUUGUGGGAUACCUGAAAGGAAGGAGGAACCCAGAUCGCUACGUGCUCGUUGGCAGUCGUCAUGACAGCGGCCAGGGAGGCGGGGCUUCCGCUAUCAUGAAUCAGCUCAUUGCCGCACUGACAGAGCAGACUAAACGAGGAUGGGUGCCAGACCGUACCACAGUGUUUUGCUCGUGGGGAGGCUCAGCCCUGGGAAACAUUGGGUCCUAUGAGUGGGGAAAGGAUAACAGUGUUAUCCUUCAGAGCAGUGCAGUGGCCUACGUCAGUCUGAACUCUCCAGUUAGGGGGACAGAGACUCUCAGAGCUACAGCUUCCCCGACUCUACUGCAACUCACCUCGGACAUACAGAGGAGACAGUUGCUGAGUUGCAUUCGUGGUGGGAACUGCCCUGGACCCAACGUCACUUCACUGCAGUUGCCUGGAGAUGUGAGUUUCUUCGCCAACCAACUGGCUGUUCCCACCAUGGAGUUUGCCUUCGAGCAGACCAAAGCAGAGGAGACCACCAGUUUCCUGUCAGAAGCCCAAUUUUCUGUGGAGUCACCAGAAACCCUGGACCCACUUUUCAAGUUCCAUGAAACCAUUGCUAAGAUGACAGCAGAAGCCAUUCUCCGCCUGGUGAAUGAUCCUGUGCUGCCAUUCUACCCUCUGGACAUUGCCCUGGAUGUACAAAACAAACUCAAAGACAAAAGAGUGGUAUCUUCGUCCCUGCUCUCCUCAGCCUCCACUUUAAGAGACCAUGCAGCUUUCUUCCAGUCAGAAACUAUGCGGCCAGCCAAUGACCCUAAAGAACGUGACCCCUCACACGUGCGGAUGCUCAAUGAUGUGCUCCGUGACCUGGAGAAGAGCUUCAUCAUCCAACAGACACCCCCUGGAGUGUACAGGAACCUGUUGUACAGCCUUCCCGGAAAGACUCCUCAGUUUUCCAUCCUCAGGUUCUCACAGGAAGCUAUCCUGCACUGCAACAUCACCAGCAAACAUGUCAAACACAACUUAGCCAACAGGGAAGUACUUUGCCACAGCGCCAUGAACCAGUCUCUGUCGCUCAUCUUCAGGGCCAUCCGGUCGGCUGAGAGGCUGGUGUGUUUUGGCUUGGACUUGUUUGAAAAUUACCCAAAUGACACGAUAUGAUCCUGACACAGACCCACCAGUGAGCUUGAAUGCGCUCAACAGCAAAAACUGCCACUGAUCAAGUCAAUAAAAUUCAAUUAUAUUGGGAAUAUUAAAACAGAAUUGACCCGCUAACCGACUUCACCCAAAGCCUGAUGUUACCGAUGUCCUGGAAAAGUUAAGAAUCCAAGGAAGUCCACACACUACUUGAUAUUGCUCAACAAAAAAGAGAUUUAAACUCUCAUCCAAAGUGUCAUUUAGGUUCAUGAUUCCACACUUCCGCAAUAAUCAGUAUUGAAUCAACAACAUGCAGUCCAGAAUAUAUCAAGGAGUUUAGACAUUUUUCAGAAUGCUUUUUAUAUAAAAGGUCGUGAAAAAAAAAUCUGUUUUCUGAUUGAUGAAUGUAUUGAAACUAACUUGUUGCACAUUAGGUCUUAGAUAAUACACAACGGGGUCGUUUAAAUUGCACUAUACUCUCUUCCUAUG